AUGGCCCCCAGCCCCGAUCAAUUGCGUGAGAUCUUCAACCUCUACGACGAGGAACUUGAUGGAAAAAUCGAUGGCACACAGAUUGGAGCCGUCUCCCGAGCGGCUGGUCUCAAAGUGACGAACGCUCAAGUGAACAAGGCUGCCGGAGAGGAGUACAAGCGAGUGGGUCAGAAGCGAAUCACAUUCGAGGAAUUCCUCCCAAUGUACGAGCAAUUGAAGGGAGAGAAAGCCCAAGGAGGACAAGCCGAUUUCGUUGAGGGUUUGAAGGUGUACGACAAGGAGGAGUGCGGAAGAAUCUUGGGAGCUGAGAUCAGGCACGCCCUCAUGGCCCUCGGUGAGAGGCUCACCAAGGAUGAGGUCGACGAGAUCAUGAAGGGAGUCGAAGAUGGCGAAGGAAUGGUCGACUACAACAACUUCGUGAAGAAGGUGCUCGCUGGUCCAUUCCCCGACGAA